ACAGCCGCAACGAAGCCGGAAGCCAAAAAGAAGCCCACGCCGCAUUUUAUCGCCUUCAGUCUCUCCUUACCAGCAACAAAACCUCAGUGUUAUAAGCGUCACAGUCACUAUAAUCAUCACCUUCAGGAGUCAUUUUCGAUAUAUUUAUGUUAAUCAUUUGAUCUGUUUUUUGUGUUUUGGUUUUUUGCGGUUAUUGCCCAGGAUGCAUUACCACCCUCAGUCCCACUACAAUACGGGAUACAGCUUUCCCCAAAACAGAACUCUCCCGAAUCCUAAUUAUCAUACCCAGCCUUCCCAGACCGCCGGCAUAUCAUAUGGCGAGAGCCAGGCGUACGGUCUUUACUACCCCAGCUUCCCGGGUAUGACAUAUAUGUAUGGCUACCAGCAACCUCGAAGCCAUAUAAACGAGCGCAGCAUAUUAAGCGAACCCAAGACGGACUCUAAACCGCGGCUAUCCAAGGAGGAGGUGGAAAAGCUCGAAAAGGUAUUCCAAGAAAACCCGAAGCCUUCGAGCUCGGUGAAAGGAUCGCUUGCGGACUCGCUUGGCCUAGAUCGACCGCGAAUCAAUAACUGGUUUCAGAAUCGGCGCGCAAAGGCCAAGCAGGAGCGGAAGCAGGAAGAGUAUGAGGCGCGAAGAGCAGCAGAGAAGGCCAGCUGCGAGCCGGUCUCACCAGAUGACGGGUUGUCAAGCGGAGUGUCGGAGCAUGCGAACGACAGCGCGCGGAGGCGAGUGCAGCCUUCGUCUGCUCGAUUCCCCGAUGUCGACUCGUCUGCCCAAGUCGACACCUCUUAUGACGACAACGACGACUCUGACGACGAAUCUCCCGACUUGGAUGAAUCCAACUCUACUCAGGAGGCUCACGCUGCGGAAGGGGUUUCGGAUGGUUAUCUUGGUUUCUCGGAAGGGUCUGAAUACCACAACUACCAACAUGUUCCUCAAAGUCACGCCCAUUCCGAGAACGUGACUGGCUUCGGCAUUUAUGCACCUCCCGAAGGAAGUGUCCAACAUUUUGACCACAACCAGCAGUCGACCAUCGUAAACAACAGUCUACCCUCACCCGAGGAGCAGUGCGCGACGACCGAGCACCAUAACAAUCAGUUUUCGCCUAUGCUGGACCCGAGUUUCGCGCACAUAACGCCGCUUCUUCAGUCACAGCAAACUUUCACCACGCCGAGGAUGAGCGGGAGCCCCAUACAAUCGCCCCAGGGCCAUGGCGAUAGCCUAAACACACCUAUCAGCGAGGGGCAGACGCCUUCGGGAUUGAUGCCAACCCCUAAUUCUUUCAAGUCGCCCCCGCCUCCCGCGAACAUUGCUUCCCGGCGAAACAUACCACGACCAGCAACCCUUCAAACGGCAUCGCUCAGGAGUCGCUCGUACGGUUACGGUGGUAUGCCUAAGACUGCGUUAGAUGGAUCGAAACGGAUGGAUCCUUCAAGUCCUAUGUCAAGCAUACGACGGAUUGCUUCUAGUACGGGUAGCAUGCAUGGUAGAAUUCAAAAACCAAUCUCGGGUCCCCGGUCACCCAUGAUUUACAAUGCUGAGGCGUUGUUAGCAUACCAAUCUCGUUCUCCAGCUAAUGCCAUGGCGCCGGCGUUCUCGGGUGCGGCGCCUCCCACACCAAUGACGCCAGCCGUUCUUGACCAGCAAGGCAUGCGUGAGCCAGUUGUGACAUCCGCGUGUUCUGAGGAUACCUCAUUCUUACUUGGGGCUAACCUUCCCACUAAUAUGAUGGAGUCUAAUUUGAAGACGCCACCCAGCACGCCCGGUGGCUUGCUUAACCACUACGGCAACUCUAACUAUCCCAACCCGUACGGUGCCCGAGUAGACUUUCAACCCGACCAGCCUAUCCUCACGCCUUUCUUCAAUACUGAAUUUACCGACAUGUCAAUGCACACCAUCCCCAGCUACGCCGAUUUGAGCGACGGAAGCCUCCCUACGACGCCUCUAUACCCGAUGGGUUCUAUUCCGGAGCAGAAUACAUUUGGUCAAAGCACGAUGGCGAACACCCAAUUUGACUGGGACACGAACGAAGCCGUCAGCUCAUCGAGAUCCUCGCCAAACCAGACAAGGUCGAAGCAGAUUCAGUUCACCCAGAACAUGACGCCGCAGGACUACAACCUCCACACGGACAACAAGCAAUAACUCGUCUUCGUCCAUCACCUGGUUAUCUCGAAAAGACCCGGGGACCUCGAAUGUAUCUCGUAUACCGGGUCUACUGUUGAUAUCCCGAAAUAACUAGGUCAAACCUUUGGAACCUGCUGUCAAGGCUGGGUUCCGUGUACCAAUAUUCCACGUUAUUUAUUGUCGAUUUUAUUUUCGCAUUUGCAUUCAGUAAUGUAAUGACACGGCUAAUGCGUUGGGUUUGGAUUGGCAAAAACAACUAC